AUGGACAAACUUAUUCGCGAGAGGAAAUCGCUAGAAGCGCGAUUAAACCGAGCAUCGCAAAAUGUUCACAAGCUCCAGAAGAGGGAUGACAUAGAUGACGUCGACAUCCAGACCGAGCUGGAUAACCUCCUAGAAAUUUGGUCGGCCUAUCUUUCGGUCCAUAAGCGAAUGGUAGACAGCUGCAAGGAUGAGGAGAUGGAUGAAAUCGUGAGUCAUCAGGCUGAAUUCGAGGGUAAUUUCGUUCCGCUGAAAGGUAGCCUAUUAAAACUUCGGAAAAGGUUCGAUUUUUCUUCUACCCGCCACGAGGCAGCAUCACAAGAUGGCGGCGCUGCCAUUCAACAACUGGCACAGCAACAGGCAGAAUUCAUUCGACUGAUUUCUACCAGCUUCAACACGGCGGCCAACGCAAGCAGCAGUUCAACGGUUGUCGCCCAUAAUGCUUCUCCACACAUUGAUGUCAAGCUCCCUCGCAUGAAUCUCCCUACGUUCGGAGGUGACCUCCUCGAAUGGCCUUCGUUUUUCGACCUGUUCGACAGUGCGGUACACAAGAACGUGGCGCUACAAGAUAGUCAGAAGCUCUACUUCCUCAAGACCAAUCUCGUCGGAGAAGCCGCCGCUCUGAUAUCGCACCUUCGCAUAGAAGACGCUAACUACGCUCCCGCUCUAGCUAAGCUGAAGGCUAGAUACAACAAACCACUCGAAAUCAGAGCACAGCACAUUCAUCGCUUCUUAAAUCAACCUUCAAUGACGUCACCGUCCGCAGCUGGUUUGCGCUCCCUGCAUGAUCUGUCCGAUGAAGUGAUACGAGCAUUGGAGGCCAUGAAUCAGGAAGGAAGGGACAUAUGGUUGCUGUACAUCUUAGCAGAGAAACUAGAUCCUGAAAGCAAGCAGUUGUGGUGUCAGAAAAGGUCGGAGCUAAACGACGAUGAAGUUACCUUGGAGAAGUUCCUGAAGUUUGUUGAUGCGCAAAGCUGUGCACUGAAAUCCGUUCAACCGAUCCGCCAGAAGAAAUCGUUCAUCACACCACUUCCAAGCAAACCUCCUACCCGGGGACCAACAGCUCUCGUCACCACCGGGUAUCAUUCUCCGUCACCAAUGUGCGUUUUUUGUGCAAAAUCACCGCAUCAACUGUAUCAGUGUGGUAAGUUUCUACACGUCAGUUCCGAUGAUCGACUCCGUUUUAUCCGUAGGCAUGAACUCUGUGAGAACUGCCUAAAGCAGCAUUCCGGUGAACCUUGCCAGUCCGGCAAUUGUCGGAUAUGUAAUCAUCCACAUCAUACUCGUCUCCACGAGGCACUCCAACCGCCAGCAUCUUCAACGCUAGUAAGCAGUACAGCGACCACAACCAAUUCAUCUGGUUCGUCUUCAAUGUCGCAAAUGCUCAUUUCGCCCCUAAGCCUGGCUACCGAUUUGACGGACACCAACGUUCUACUCUUAACCGCUACUAUCAACGUCAUCGAUAAGUUCGGGCGCUCGCAUACCUGCCGAGCAGUUCUUGAUUGCGCAUCCCACACAAGCUACAUUACUGCGGAUUUGUGCAAGAAGUUGGGUCUCUCAACCACGGAAGUGGAUUUUGAAUAUGGUGGAAUUGCAGAAUCUCACGGUCACGCAAAUCGUGGAGCACUAGUUACAUUCGCGUCACGUUGCUCGGACUAUCGAAAUGUAGUGCCGUGCAUUAUUCUGGAGCGACUUACUUCCGAGCUCCCACUAAAGCCGAUCAAUAUCGCAGAUUGGCCAAUUCCUGGAUCGAUUCCGUUGGCUGAUCCCCAAUUUCACCAUCCAGGAAAAAUCAGCAUCCUUCUCGGCAACAAGCUUUUCUUCCAGCUUCUCGAGCCGGGAAACAUCAAACUUGGUUCGGACGACUGCCUUCCUGUACUACAGAACACGAAGCUAGGUUGGGUGGUUUCUGGUGGCUACAAAAACUGUGACAAUCAACCACGCACUAAUGCUCCUUCGUGCUUACUGACGGCUUCCACUGAUCCUCUCUCUGAUCAACUUCGCAAAUUCUGGGAACUGGAGGAGUACACGAAUACAUCUCCACACUUCAACGAAGAAGAGAUUCGAUGCGAAGAGCAUUUCACAAAGCACACGAUUCGCGAUAGUUCCGGAAAAUUUAUCGUUCGGCUCCCGUACUUGGAGAGCCCUACUUCUCUCGGAAAAUCGAGGGAAAUUGCUGAGAAGAGACUGCUGCAUCUAGAGCGCAAAUUGGAAAGGAGUCCUAAUUUAAAAGAACAGUACCAUUCCUUUAUGCGAGAGUACAUCGACCUCGGGCAUAUGAGUCUUGCCACUACACCAGCUUCGGAGAAUUGUGUUUUCCUCCCACACCAUUGCGUCGUAAAGGAAGAUAGCUCGACGACGAAGUGCAGAGUGGUUUUCGACGCUUCAGCAAAAACAAGUAGCGGCAAGUCUCUCAACGACAUCCUUCCAGCGGGCCCUGUAUUGCAGGAUUCUUUGGUCAAUAUCUUACUUCGAUUCCGGUUUCCCCCAGUGGUACUCGCUGGUGAUGUCAAGCAGAUGUAUCGAAUGGUGCUGCUGUACGACGAAGAUCGAAACUACAUCCGAAUCUUGUGGCGCUGGUCAGAGGACGAACCGAUCCUGGAAUAUUGCCUGAAUACCGUUACUUACGGUACCAAGAGCGCUUCGUAUCUGGCGACAAAAUGUGUGCAGCAGCUGCUGCUCUCCCAUCAAAGGCAAUUUCCAGAUGCAGUCAAGAAAGCUAUUAAGGGGAUUUACGUCGACGACGUGCUGACGGGUGCUGAUUCUGCUGAUGAAGCCAAGCAUCUUCGACAAGAACUUUCCAUCAUCUUCUCUGCCGGAGGAUUCCACCUGCGGAAGUGGGCUUCUAAUAGCACCGAAGCCCUGGAAGGUGUUCCUGAAGCGGACCUCGAAAUGAAAAUUCCCAUCGGGCUCAAUGAACCCAACACCAUCAAAGCCCUCGGGAUUCACUGGCAGCCGUGCAGCGACGAAUUCCUGUUUAGCGUCCAACCAACCAAGAUCCUUCAUCCCACAAAGCGCAUCAUUCUCUCCAACAUCGCUAGUCUUUUCGACCCACUUGGUCUGCUCGCACCUAUUAUCAUCAAAGCGAAGCUACUGAUGCAACAUUUGUGGGAGCUGAAGGUGGACUGGGAUGCUAUUCCCCCCAGUGAGUUGACUAAUAUAUGGCAAGUUUUCGUGCAAGGUCUGGCCCUUCUCAACUCUUUUCAGAUUCCGAGACGAGUUAUCGGCACUAACAAGACGUCGCGAAUCUUCCUGCACGGCUACAGUGAUGCAUCCGAGCGAGCCAUGGUGAUCCUCGCACGGCUGAUCAACAACGUAACAAGUGCCAUCAAUCAACCCUUCUUCGAGAUACGAGCUUGGGUAGAUUCAAGUGUUGUGCUUGCUUGGUUGAACGGAGGUGCUUCUCGCUGGAAAACCUUUGUUGCCAAUCGCGUCGCAGAAAUCACAACGCACGUACCAGCAAUCAAUUGGAGCCACAUCGUGUCGGAACAAAACCCUGCUGAUCUUAUUUCGCGCGGGGUGUCGCCAGAACAAAUCCAACAUAACACUCUGUGGUGGAAUGGUCCCGCAUGGAACACAAUAGGUGAGCGAGGUGAAUUAACCGACAUCCCUGUACUGACCAACACUGACCAACAGCAUAUUGUUAGGGAGCAAAGAGCAGUAGCCGUUUCUCUUAUCACCGUCUACGAAAACGACUUUCUCGAUGGGAUGAUGGCACGAUAUUAUCCCGAUCUCACGAUGCUGCUUCGCGUCACUGCUCGUAUUCUUCGGUUUCGAUCUCCUGACUCUCGAUUGAUUGCUCGUCUGUUACCACGCGAGCUUGAUCGAGCACAAACAAUAUACAUUCGCCACGUUCAGCAACAAUACUUUCGUGAAGAGCUGGAUCGACUUCGACAGCAAGUAGAAGUUAGCUCUCACAGCAGUUUGCACCAACUCAAACCGUUCCUGGACGAAGAGGGUGUGCUCAGGGUGGGCGGAAGGUUACAACAGUCAAGCCUCAGCUACGACGUUCGACAUCCUAUAUUGAUACCUCGCCACUCUAUUCUCACCUCGUUUCUGUUAAACCACGACCACAUCGUCCAUCACCACUGCGGGCCAACACUGUUAGCCGUAUCCCGCAGACGAUUUUGGAUCAUAAGUGGUUCAAGUGCAGCAAGGAAGGUUUAUCGCCAGUGUGUGACGUGUGCACGUGCCAAGUCCACACCUAAGUAUCAACAAAUGGGUCAACUGCCAUCGGAUCGAGUUCAACCAAAUCCACCAUUUGCGGUCACUGGCGUGGACUAUGCUGGUCCAGUCAGCAUUGUUGGACGAAGGACCAGAGGUGCGAAGCAAAGCAAAGGGUACAUUGCUCUCUUCGUUUGUUUCACAACAAAGGCCGUACACAUGGAAGCUGUGUCGGAGCUUACUACUGUCGCGUUCCUGGCAGCAUUCACUCGAUUCUCCAGCCACUACGGUUUGCCAGCAAAAAUGUUCUCGGACAACGCAACAAAUUUCCGAGCCACAGCUAAGCACUUUCGAGAAACGUAUGCGCAAAUCAACUCUUCUGCACACAACAAUGAAGUGGCCGAUUAUCUGACCGAUAAGGGAGUGGAAUGGAACUUCAUCCCAGCUCGGUCUCCGCACCAUGGAGGAUUAUGGGAGUCAGCAAUCAAGGUUGCUAAGCAACAUCUUUCGAAGAUCACCAGCAGCUACAUCUUUACCUUCGAAGAACUUUCCACGCUGAUCGCUCAAGUUGCUGCCACCAUGAACUCGAGGCCACUCACGCCGAUCUCCAAUAGUCCGAUGGAUGAUCAAGCUCUCACUCCUGCUCAUCUUCUCAUCGGUCGGGCGCUCACCACCGUUCCCGAAGUCAACUUGCUGGAACGGCAAAUUUCCUCGAUGUCACGCUGGCAGUUUGUCCAGCGCCUCUCGCAAGAAUUUCGCAGCAGAUGGCAGACAGAAUACGUACGAUCUUUGCAGCGGAUGACGAAGUGGCAACGAUCAUCGCACAAUAUUUCGGUCGGCGACUUCGUUUUGCUAGUGGACGACAAUUCGAAGCCAAGACAAUGGCCUACUGGCAGAAUCGUCGAAACCUUCCCAGGACCAGAUGGAUUAACGAGAGUGGUAUCAGUAAGAACAGCAACUGGUACUACUCGGCGUGAUGUUAGGAAGGUACGAACUAUACCAUUGGAUGCGGAUGAGUAUGCUCCAAGAAGACUUCAAUCAUAA